ACGUUACCUCUGUAUCAUUAGAAUAAAUAGUACAUACACUUAAUAGGUAAAAGGCAAGCGAUCUGGCUAAAUAAACUGUUGCACAUCCCUACACAGAAAUAAUGUCGAGGCCGCUGCAAAUUGUUCCGUUAACACUCCAUCAACAUUUCAUAUCUUAAAAUCAUCUAAGUGUAUGUCACCACAAUCUGUUCUACAUGGAUCCAAUUAAGUGAUCUAUAAAGCUGGAAUCUACAUUCUGAUUAAAGUAUAGUAGUUUUUUAUGAAAUCCUCACAAAAUUAUCCGAAAAAAGGCUUUCCUACCAUUUUUCUACCGUCUUUCGGCUUCUUUCGGCUUUUAUGGGUGGUCACUCAUGAAAUUAUUUCCUAACUGAUGCCUACUAAUGAAACCCAUUCUAAACUAAAAGGAAUCUUUCCAUAGUUGAAUACUCUUUCUAUCUUAAAAAAGUCGAUAUCUUAAGUCGAUUUCUGGAAUAAAUAGUUUCCUUUGAGGUGGCUCUACUUGUUUAUGAAAAUAUUGUCAAAAAGGUAUAAGUAGAUUUUUGAAAUAGACGGGCUCUAUGUGCGUAUGAAAGUCGUGAUAAAAUCAGUUCCAAAUACUACUCCGAACAAAAACACAACUAUCACAAUAUGUAGUAGGGUUGUGCUACUUUAGGGAAUUAUUUCGAAAUUAUGGUCGGACACUACAAUUUUAUUUGUUUAUAGAUACAUUAAACGGCUGUAUCUGAACUGACCAUCGCUUCACGUAAACAUUUCGAUCUUCGCCCGGCAACCGUCGAGUUAUUUUCAGCUGAAAAACUGCAGAGCAAUCCCAAUCUUAUCAUCUCAACAGAAGAGAUUAUAAUACUUUGCAUCAACAAUAGGAAUUUGGGGUAGAACAACGUUUUCGCAUCUAAAUACCCGAUUUACAGAAAUCUGCAUUUGAUGUCAGUUCUUUUUCUCGUUAAAACAUCUGAAGAACAAAUUUAAACUUUUGUGUGUUGAUAAUAAGCUUUAUAAUAUAAAACUCGUGGUUUUGGCGCAAAAAUACAAUACAUUAGUCAUGUCUCGACUCUCGUCACUAGAGUUAGUGACGUCAAUAUUUAAAUAUACUCGCAGUUACUCGUGACUAUGUCCCCGCAAAAUUUCUGUUUUCCGUUUCCCGCGGUAUACAGUCGAAUAGAACCCGAAAGUCGUAUUUUCUGCUAUAUUUUCAAAGUUUCGUGUUAAGCACCUAAAUUGUAAAGAAUUUCGGUAGCUGAAAACUAUCCUUCUCAUAUUUCGCUUAAUAAAACAACUUUAGAUAUAUCAUCAUCGUCAGCCUUAGUAUAAUGAUAAACUGCUGAGCAUAGACUUCUUCUGUCAUUGAAAUGGUAGAUAGAGUGCUUAGAUACACCACGGUGCUCUAAUGCGGUUUGGUGGGCUAUAACGAUUAGAAUCAUGUUAGUAGUAAUUAUAAAAUCAUGAUUUCCAACUUGGAGGUUAUACUGAGAUUUUUGAAACAGAAAAAUCCAAAACCUGGGCAUUUGGAGGUGAUACUGAGAUAAAAAAAAACAAUAUCUAUGCACUCUUGGUUUGACCUGGAAAUCUACUACUGAGGUACUCCUGAAUCGUGAUCCGUUGUCGAACAUGCUCAGCAUUGGAAGGUUAAAGUAGAAACGAAGGAUACGAACAGUAAUAAUCCCAAACUUACAUCUAAAAGUGAAAAGUGUUAUAUAAUAGAUAAGUGACGGAACAGUCAAAAUGAUGACAAUAAGUGAAAGCCAGUUCUCUUCCAACAAGAGGUCCAGCAUCCACAAGAUCAACGACCGCGUGGUGCACAGGGACAGCUUCGAUGACAUCAAAAGCUCCUCCAGCGUCAACAGCGCCCUCAUCACCAAAAGAGGGUUCAAACCCUCCGACAUGUUUGACCCUAAAAAAAAAGAGUUCUUGACCAACCUCAGCUAUAAGCUUUUCCCUGUAAGUUGGAACGAUGCUGAUUUGUCCGGAAUCGAACUGCCCCCACCGGAGUACAUUCUUGAAGACUUGGAAAACAAACCGAUCAUCGUGGAUGACAAAGAGGUUGACCUGAACAAGAUCUUCACACCGGCGCCGGAUGCUGAAGAGCAUAUCAUCAAAAAAGAUAGAAAAUUUGAAAAAACGUUCGCGUCAUCAGCGUUCUACGUCCCCGGCGUCCACCCCACGGUUCGGGAGCAGAUGGACUUGGCGAGAUCCAUCUCCAAGUCACUAUCAGACUCCAGCAACCACAUGAGCAAGGGGCAAAGCAUGUACGUCAAUAGGAAGAAGCGUUCAGUCAAAUGGGUGCACGAAGGACGAGGUCGCAACACAUCAAACCAAUGCACAUCCGCCACUCCAGUCGCCAAUCACGACACGCCAUACCGCCCGCCAUCUAGUCUCCGAAACCAGAAAACGUUCCCAAAGUCCGCGCUAAAACACACUUCAAACAUACCGAAAAUGGAACCAUUUCCUGUUACACCUCCAACCAGACAAGUUCAAAAUGUCGAAGUACCUGUAUCUUUGGCGCCAACAAAAUUAAACGAUGUCUAUGCUUCGCCAAAAAGCCCGCGUCUAUCUAUAGUCUGUGGUCCGAAUUUCAACGUUGCGCCGCGCGGUUGGGGUGAAAUGAAGGAUUACUACAGACCUGUUACACUAGAUGGCGUUGGUAACGCUAAAUCUAAUUACACAGAUUAUUAACCUUAUUCGAGUACACAAUCCAUAGAUAAUAUUAAGUCAAUAACAUAAAUUUAAUCGCUACCCAUACUCUUCAAACUCCGGUGUAAAUAGAACGUAAUGCAGGCAUAUUUUAGUGUGGAUGUUGGAUAAACAAUGACUUGCACUGUACUUAAAAUAAAAACAGAAAUAUUUCACUUUCCGUUAAUAAAUGGGUAAAAUCAUUUAUGUUUAUGAACUACCAGCGCGAUCAAUUUACGCCCAAUGCUUCACUUUUUUCCCUAUAAUUAAUCAAAGUACAAAGGUUGGUAAGGUGGGUUCUAUUUUAGCCCUUUAGUCUGAUUUUUUUUUUUAUUCUUUAUUAAUUCAGGACUUUUCUUAACAUUAAGAAUGUCAGUCCCAUCGUUCCCUUUACCAAAAUUAAUACUUCACCAUCAGUAGUUCCCACUACUAAAAUCUUAACUUAAAAUCUAAUAGCAUUCUGGCUACCUCUGAAUAAGGUGCCGUCGGAGAUAGAUACUUUGCCAAAUCCCCACAUCAUGAAGAUUUAUUUUAAAUUUACAUAUUUAUUGGUCCCUUAUUGCUCUAUUCCGAACACACUCCCCCAACAAAUUCAAGACAUCUUCGUCUAUAUUACAAUUUUCACUCUUAGGUGAACCGAUUUAGUCUGUAUAAAAAUCUAUUAUGUACUAUAAUUUAGGAAAAAGAGCUUAUUGUCUAUGUUUAUUCACAGGAUAAUAAGUUAGGAUUACAUGCGGUUUGACAUAUAUCUCUUAUCUUUUUAAUUCCUCGGGCUUAAUGUUAAUUAUUUUACUGCAACUAAGUUUGUUAUUUCACUAAGUUUACUAUGUAAGUAUAAAUUAAAUGAAAUUUUAACAAUACUGAUUAGGUAUUUACGUAAAUUCGAAAUUAUUCGCCUAGUUUUACGUAGAGUAAAACU